UGUACAUAGGACGGAUGCCAACAUCAACUGGUUUAGAUUAUGGCGUACGAUGCGAUCACGAGCAAGCAUUUGGCCUAGGCUACGCGUUAUCGUAUAAACCUGAAGUAUAGAUAGAAGCACGACUGAACUGCAAGUUCCACACACUCCAAGUUGAAUGCGGCAUGUAUCUGCAGAUGUUUUAAUGCUACGCGAGUAGAUGGUCACAAAGGAGGGGACCAUUGACGUCACGUGACUUGAAGCUCCGAACACAGCCGUGACACAGGCAUCGUGCAAACCGUGAAACACAACAUGUUGUGCUGUAACUUUAUAAGUCGUGAUACUUUCGUAUGAAGAUUUCUGAGUCCAAGAGGAAGGUGAUAUUGCUAACACUGACCGGCACACAACCUUGAUAAAUGACGAUGGCAUCAUUACAUACAUACGUUGGCUUUGGCUUACAUUUUGCAUAUUCAAUAACAAAAAACGAGCCACCGACACCUUUUUUAAGGAAUUACCUUUUGAUCUUUUAAUUUGAAGAGAGGAAGUAUUUUUCAUCCUUGAGUGGCCGCUAUCAGUUCCGGACACCGUUUGUAGUCCUUCACAACGUAGUUGAGUGACCGGUCGGUUUCCAUGUUUGACUUAUAGAAGUAGUGGUAUCUUGUGCACCACUGGACGAAAUUUAGUUGUUUCCUUUUCAUAUAUAUACCUCUCGUAACAAAAUGGAUACCUGUGCUGAUCUUUUUAAGAAUGCUUCAUUUGGCGAGGAUUCUGAGUUCGUGUUUUGUGAUUUCACGCAGCGGGUGAUAGUGGCGGCCAUCUUGGCCGCAUGGUCGCUGAUUGCCAUUAUCGAUAACAGCUUGGUCAUCAUUGCAGUGAUGCUGACAAAGAGGUUGAGAACAGCUACUAACGUUUUCAUUGUGAAUCUAAGUGUGGCAGACUUACUUACCGGGUUCUCCUUCGCCUGGCAGGUCCUGGCGGUGGUCAGUCAGGACGGCUGGCCCUUACCGAACUGGUUGUGCUCCGUGGUAUCGGUGCUUGGCACCACUGGCAUCGGUUGUAGUAUCCACACGCUGGGCUUCAUCGCUCUGAACCGUUUACUCCUCGUCACCAAACCUUUGUCAUUCUAUCAGACCGUGUACACCUGCAAGAAAAUGGCGGCUAUGAUUACCCUGACCUGGUUGGUGCCUCUCCUGACGGCAACACUACCGGGCAUUUUUGGACUCGUGCAGCUUGGCUACGACUACAAGUACAAGUUUUGCACCUUCAAUGACCGCCUGAAGAUGGCCGUUUGGUACGAUUACAUCAUUGUCUUGGUGAACUAUCCCGUGCCCCUGCUGGUCGUGAUCGUCAGCUACGUCAAAAUAUACAAACAUAUUAAGCAUCAUUCUACCAAACGCGCUCAGUUUAUAAACGCGGCGUGGAAAUUACCGACAGGAACCAGACAACAGAACCAGCUUCAGAUAGACAUCACCAAGAAUACGUUCUACGUCGUAUGCGCGUUCGUUGUGUGCCUGACGCCGUAUGCCAUCUGCGUCUUGGUGGAUGCUCUGAACCCGGCAGUGCCGUAUACAGCAACCAUCCUCAUACUCAACAGUUGGAUCAAUCCUAUCAUCUAUGCCACGAAGCAUCCCCACUUCAAGGAGAUAUUCAAGUCCAUAUGCUUUUGCCGUUGCUCGGAGAUACCGGAACCCACUAUCAAUUUCUUGCGCGUAAUCAGAGCAAAAUCGUCGGCUGAUUUUAGCCAUGAUGGUUACGAGAUGGGAAAGGUGUCAACGGCACCCGUCUAACAAGAAGCCACCAGUGGCCUUGACAAGAUUAACGCAUGAAAAUUGACAUCCCUAGCAUACAUGAGGACAUUAUUGGUUGGAGCGUUGACUCUAGCCUAGUCUUAUUAGGAGCGUUAGUUAAGUAAGCUAAACACGAAGAGUAAUGUCACCACGCAGUUUCGUUUACCCACUUUAAAGCUCAGUCCAUCAUUUGCAGCUAUCCAAAAAG